CCUUCCCAGCAGCAGACUAUUGAUUACGAAUGGUGCAUCCCGAUAUGAAGCGCGUGCAAUGGGAGGCAAGUACGUGAGCUGGUGACGGCGACCCGGUCGACGCGCGGCUGGAUCCGACAGGCCGUCGCGCCGCGUCGCCGCCGUCGCCAUGCAGGGACAUUACAUUCACGACACGGAAUACAGAUAAGUGCGACGACAGCGCCAUGUCGGACUCCGACAGCGAGGAGAGCCAGGGCUCGUGCGCGUGCAGCUGCGACGCGCGCUGCGUGCGGUCGCCGACGCCGACGUCCUCCCGCCGUGGCGCCGAGUCCACGUCGGGCUGCCCGUCGUCCGACUUCCUGCCCUCCGACCCCAUCUCGGGCCAGGCCUCGCCCUCGGCCGACUUCCGCAUCGCCGACUCGGGCGUGGUGGUUGGGCGGCCGUGGCGACGUCCCCCGCCACCCGCGACGCCGGACAUGAAGGCGUCGCGGGAAGUCUCCGUGAAGCAGAAGCGCUCGCGGACGCCCCCCCGCGCCGCGCGGCCGCCGCGCUUCCCGGCGGCGACGUCCUCGGGCUGCCCGUCGCCGUCGCGCUCGGAGCGAAGCGGCUGGUGGGACGAGCAGCAUCUGUCCCCCGUCAGCUGCGCCUCCGGCUACUGGGACGACGAGCAGCACCUGCGGGACUGGGACGACGACGACCCCCGCCACGACCGGGACGACGCCCACAGGAUCUCGCCCGAGUCGGAGGGCUCGGGUGAGAGCGAGCGGCUGAGGGCGCUGUUCACGGCCUGCGACACCGACGGCGACGGCUACAUCACCAGCGCCAACCUGGCCGGCCUCCUGUCCAUGCUCGGCCUCGAGGGCUCGGGCGAGACGCUGGCGAGGGAGCUGGGGGCGGACCGGCGCGGGCGGGUGUCCCUGCACGCCUUCCUCGCCCGCAGGAAGCAACUCGCGCAGGAGGUCAACGCCAUCAGGAGCGAAGGUGGCGAGAACUGGGUGCCCGAGCUAUGGUCAGGGGGCUCCGAAGGGGGAGACUGCGACCCCCUCUCCCCCCAGCUCCCCUCGUCCCCCUUCUCCCGCCAGCAGCAGGGAGGGCGGGGCAGACGCCAGGACCAUCAUCACCCUGCCGGUGGCCGUCGGCCGCAGUUACCCUACACCAGCAGACAGGUCCUGGAGGCGACGAACAAGGGAAUGCUAGAGGAUUCCUGGAUCAGAGACUGUAUUGGUCUGUCACGGAGAUCGCAGGUUACAGUUACCAGACUUCGUGUAGGAUAUCAGCACACUAAAUGUACUAGAUGCAGGUUUGGAAAGCUAAAUUAUAUCACCUCCACGGAAGUCACCUGUGGGAAAGGGCGGCCUCGAUUCCCCUCAACGCCCAAGAAUGUUAAAAAUGACACUCGGUCCCUUGAACCUCUGAACUCUGAACCCAUGAACCCUCCCCCUACACCCCUAGGCCCUCCCCAGCCCCUACGCCCCUACGCCCCUACGCCCAUACAGCCCAUCCGUUAA